UGAAAUGGCUUCACAAGUUUCUCAAAUUCCUUCUUCAUCACCACUUACUGCCACUCCCUCUGGUAAGGAUGAAAUUCGUCCCAAGGCCGACUUUCAGCCUAGCAUCUGGGGUGAUCUCUUCCUCAAUUAUCCUGACCAGGAAAUCGAUGCUCAAACUAAACAUCGACAUGAAGAGUUGAAAGAAGUAGUGAGGAAGACGAUUGUGGCACCGAUGGCCAAUUCUAGCCAAAAGUUAACCUUCAUCGAUGCAGUCCAAAGAUUGGGUGUGAGUUACCAUUUCACCAAGGAGAUCGAAGACGAACUAGAGAACAUCCAUCGUGACAACAACGUUGUCGAGAACGAUCUCUACACUUCUUCUCUUCAAUUCCGAUUACUUCGAGAGCAUGGAUUCAACGUUUCAUGCGAUGUAUUCAACAAGUUUAAAGAUGAGCAAGGGAAUUUCAAGUCAUCCGUGACGAGCGAUAUUCGAGGAUUAUUGGAGCUUUACGAAGCUUCGUAUUUGAGGGUUCAUGGGGAAGAUAUAUUGGACGAAGCAAUUUCUUUCACCACCAACUAUUUAAAACUUGCAGUAGCGGCUAUAGACUAUCCUUUGUCGGAACAAGUUUCUCACGCCUUGAAACAAUCAAUCCGAAGAGGGUUGCCGAGGGUUGAGGCGAGGCACUAUCUUUCAGUAUACCAAGAGAUUGAAUCCCAUAACAAGGCUUUGUUGGAGUUUGCAAAGAUUGAUUUCAACAUGUUACAACUUUUGCACAGGCAAGAGCUAUGUGAGAUUUCUAGGUGGUGGAAGGAUUUAGACUUUCAAAGACAGCUACCAUAUGCAAGGGAUAGAGUUGUUGAAGGCUACUUUUGGAUUAUGGGAGUGUACUUUGAACCCCAAUACUCACUUGGUAGAAAAAUGUUAACGAAAGUCAUAGCAAUGGCAUCUAUUGUAGAUGACACUUAUGACUCAUAUGCAACUUUUGAUGAGCUCGUUCCCUAUACAAAUGCAAUUGAGAGGUGGGAUAUCAAAUGUAUAGAUGAACUCCCAGAAUACAUGAAAGUAAGCUACAAGGCACUGUUAGAUGUUUACGAAGAAAUGGAACAACUGAUGGCUGAAAAUGGGAGACAAUACCGUGUUGAAUAUGCGAGAAACUCGAUGAUACGACUUGCCCAAGCAUACCUUGUGGAGGCCAAAUGGACUCUUCAAAACUACAAACCAUCAUUCGAGGAGUUUAAGGCUAAUGCAUUGCCAACAUGUGGUUAUGCCAUGCUUGCUAUAACGGCUUUCGUUGGCAUGGGAGAUAUUGUGACCCCAGAUACCUUCAAAUGGGCAGCCAAUGACCCUAAGAUCAUCCAGGCAUCCACAAUUAUCUGCAGGUUCAUGGAUGAUGUUGCUGAACACAAGUUCAAGCACAGGAGAGAGGAUGAUUGCUCGGCAAUUGAGUGUUACAUGGAAGAAUACGGAGUAACAGCACAAGAGGCAUAUGAUGUAUUUAACAAGCACGUGGAGAGUUCAUGGAAGGAUGUUAAUCAACAGUUUUUGAAACCAACAGAAAUGCCGACGGAGGUUUUGAAUCGUAGUUUGAACCUUGCAAGGGUGAUGGAUGUGCUCUACAGGGAAGGCGAUGGCUACACAUUUGUUGGGAAAGCAGCAAAGGGUGGAAUCAUUUCAUUGCUUAUUGAGCCAAUCCCACUUUGAAAUGAUAAUUUCCCUCUUCAAGUGUGUUACUUAAGGACUAAUUAUUAAGUUUUUAUUAAUAAUGUUUUAUAAAUAUAAACCCAUGAAAUGAUAUAUU